GAGCCAAACAGAACCCAAACUGCUUCACACUGUUACUGCAUAAAACCCUAAUAAUAAUACCUUCAUCUUCCACUCCUUGCCCAAAGGCAGCCUCCGUCCGAAUCGAAGCCUAUCAGCGUCGUCAAGGAGAGAAGAAGCCUAUUAGUUACAGACAACCAUGGCAGACAAGGCUGUGACUAUUAGAACAAGAAAGUUUAUGACAAACAGGCUUCUUUCUAGGAAGCAGUUUAUCAUUGACGUCUUGCAUCCUGGGAGAGCUAAUGUUUCUAAGGCUGAAUUGAAAGAGAAGUUGGCAAGUUUAUAUGAGGUGAAAGACCUGAAUUCGAUUUUUGUGUUCAAGUUCCGUACUCAUUUUGGAGGUGGGAAAUCAACUGGGUUUGGGCUGAUUUAUGACUCUGUUGAGAGCGCCAAGAAGUACGAGCCCAAGUACAGGCUAAUCAGGAAUGGACUAGCCACCAAGGUGGAAAAAUCAAGGAAGCAACUGAAGGAAAGGAAGAAUAGGGCCAAGAAAGUUCGAGGUGUAAAGAAGACUAAGGCUGGAGAUGCUGCAAAGAAGAAGUGAGAUCUAAGUGAGUGAGCUACCUACCCAUCACAGUAAUACGACUGGGAACCUGGAUGUUUCCUUCUUGCAUUUUAUCUACCAAUCCUCCAAUGAAGUUUUGCAAAGUUUUUUUGUUUUGGGACGCUUUAGUUAUUUUUGCCAGCUGUCUGAACAUGCCCCUAUAGAGGUUUAAUAUUCGAGGAAUCAUUUGUUGAGGUGAGAUUGUGUGACAAUUUUGCGUUGGUGAUGUUGUUUUGGGUGGUCCUGAUGCUGCUAAUGCAAAUUGUUCUCACUUCACUCUUCACUCUUUUGGAAUUCUUAUGCCCUAUACAGGAUUAUGAAUAUUUUUGUUUUCCAA